AUGGAACCGUUUUCUCUAGAUUCUCCCGGGUUUAUGAACCUUUUAUCUUCCCAGACCAGUCAACCCAUAGACGUAGGGUCCAUAGGCGUAGGGUCUUCUACUGUUCCAAAACCGGUGGAGAGGAAAAAGUGGACAACACAAGAAGAUAUUGUUCUGAUCAGUGCUUGGCUGAACACCAGCAAGGAUCCGAUAGUUAGUAACCAGCAGAAGUUAGGGUCGUUUUGGAAUAGAAUAGCAGAGUACUUCAAUUCAAGCCCUCAGCUGAGUGGCUACGCUCCUAGAGAGUGGAGUCAGUGUAAGCAGAGGUGGGGAAGAGUUAAUGAGCAGGUCUGUAAGUUUGUGGGUAGUUAUGAGACGGCAUUGAAGGAACAAGCUAGUGGUCAAAAUGAGAACGAUGUCAUGAAGUCUGCCCAUGACAUCUUCUUUAACGACUACCAGCUCAAGUUCACACUCGAGCAUGCGUGGAGGGAACUGAGGUUUGAUCAAAAAUGGAGAUCAAACUCUGUUUCCAGAGAUGGUCCAAAAGAGAAAAGGAAGGAAGCUGCGGAAACAGAACCUGAGUUGGAAGAGGUUAGGCCUCCUGGUAUUAAGGCUUCCAAAGCUGCGAAACGAAAGAAGCACGGGAAUGAAGCAGCUCUUGAUCAGAUAGAGAGCAUACUAGCAAAGAAAACUAUCAUAUCAAACCGGAAAAUCCUUGAUCGUCUCUUAGGAAAAAAUGCAGAUACACUUUCUGAUCAAGAAAGGACACUCAAGAAUAAACUGAUAUCUGAAAUGCUUUGA